AUGGACCUGUCCCUUCGCUCGUGGGCUCUGCCCCUUGCGAUUCACUUGCUUGCUCCCAUGGGCUUCGUCGACGCCCAACAGUUCACCGACGUGAAGCUGGGCUACGCCCGCUACCCCGGGCUCAGAGAGAGCUGCUACCAAGCUCUCAACACGACGGUACAGACCUGUCCCGGCUUCCUGGCCACCCAUGCAGCCGCCGUCCCCCGCGUCGAGUCCCAGAUGUUGGAGGCCCUCUGCACACCGGGCUGCCAGUCUUCCCUGGCUGCCGCCCGCCGGACCAUCGCCUCAGGCUGUGGCGCCGAGACCGACGUUGUCGAGUUUGACCGGGUUGUGUAUCCGGCGACCUACAUGGUCGACCGCAUGAUCCACGCCUAUGAUCUAUCCUGCGCCCAGGAUGGCAACACGGGCGUGUACUGCGACGAGGUGUACCUCGAUAACCUGGCCAACCGCACCGCCGCCGGUCCUUGCUCCGGCUGCUCCCUCGGCACCGCCAAGGUCCUCCUCGGCUCGCCCUUUGGCUUCGACGCAGAUUUCGCAGCCGACUUCAAGUCCCGCACGGCCAGCUGCGGCGCCGCUGGCUAUGACUUCACCACGCCUGCCGCGUACGCCGUCACCACCAAGCCCGCGCCGACGUCCACAGACGUCCCGGCGUGCGCCUCGCCCUACACCGUCCAGCCGGGCGACACGUGCGACUCCAUCGCCACGGCGCGCAAGGUGUCGACCAACGCAGUCAUCAGGGCCGGCGUCACCGGUCCCGGCUGCAGGAACCUCGUCCCGGGCACCCAGCUCUGCCUCCCCGAGGGGUGCGCUCAGUACCGUGUCAAGUGGGACGAUAGCUGCGAGGACAUCCUCGAGGCCGUCCCCGGUCUCCAGGCCCAGCACCUCCUGACCUGGAACCCCAACAUCAGCCCCCUCUGCACCAACCUCGAUGACAUGGUCGGGCACCUUAUCUGCGUCAGUCCCCCGGGGAGGACCCUGGCCGACGCCACCGCCGUCCCCUCCAGCCCGCCGACCACGACGCAGCCGCCAGCCACGCCAGUCCCGAGGCCCUCCAACGCCAAGGCCGAGUCCAACGAGCGGUGCGCGGCGUGGUACGAGAUCCGCACGGGUGACUACUGCCAGAUGAUCUCGAUCAAGAACUCGGUCGAGCUCCGCGACUUCUUCUUCCUCAACCCGUCGGUCGACGACCCCGGCUGCGGGAACUUGUGGCUCAACACAUCCUACUGCGUCCAGCCCGUCGGCGACAUCAACACCUACCCCUCCUAUCCCUAUUCCACCUCCCCGCCCUACACCCUCACACCGCCUGACUACGUCACCACCAUGCAGCCGGCCAUCGAGACCGUGGAGCCCAGUGAGACGCCUGUCGUCGAGCACCCUCUCGCCUCCGGCUCUCGCGACGAGGCGGGCGGCUGCCGCGAAUUUGUCGAGCACGUCGAGGUCCCCUUGCAGAAGGACCAGAGCCAGCAGCCCGACGUUCCGCAGCUGACCAAUAACAUCAACGCCUGCGACUACGUUGUCGCGGCGCAGAGGAUCACGAUGGAGGAUUUCAUCGAGUGGAACCCAAGCCUAAGCAACGUGGAUCCGUGUGUUUUGCAGCCCAACCUCCGAUACUGCGGAGCGUACGGCAACGCUACCGCCCCUGACACUUUGGACGGCGGGUGCCUCGACGUCGAGACCCCCGAGCCCGGCACCGUCGAGGGCUGUGCCUGCUUCACCAAGAUCAGCGGCUUCAACGCCGGCAAGUUCCUGUGCGCGGACAUUACCGAGGACAGGAACAUCACCGUGGGCGACCUGGUCAGGUGGAACACGUGGAUCGGCGAGGAAUCCGACUGCGACGCGGGCCUCUACGCCGACCUCGCCGAAGACGCGGAGCGCGGCGUCUGCGUCAGGGACACGGCCGGCUCGGGCACGCCGCCCACCGAGCCCGUCGAGCCCCCCGGCCCGACGCAGCCCGGGAUCGUCGAGGGGUGCCGCAAGUACUACGUCGCCGCGUCCGGGGACGGAUGCUGGGCCAUCGCCGACUUUUACGAGUGGAACCCCGCCCUCAACGGGGACUGCUCGGGCUUGUGGCCGACGUACGCCUACUGUGUCCAGGGCCCCGCGUCUCCCGGCGGGUCGGAGCCGGUCGAGCCGAUGCAGGAGGGGAUCACGCCCAGCUGCAAAAAGUACCACCUUGUCAAGUCCGGGGAGGGGUGCUGGGGCAUUCAGCAGGAGUACGGCAUUCCUGACCACGCGACGUUUGUCGAGUGGAACCCGGCGCUUGGGUCUGAUUGCCAGAACUUGUGGCCCGAGUAUGCCGUCUGCGUUGGUGUUUAG